AACUAUACGCUGAGGAUCAAGCGUACAUAAAUCCUUCACUACAUUCGGGAUAAUUGACUCGUCAUUUCAAAAAUGAGUUUCAAUUUUAGCAUCAAUUACUCCGUACUCGGUUCUAGUCCAAGCACUGCCUCCAAUUUCCCCAACGUGAGUGCGAUGCGGGGUCAAUUUCGGGUGCUGACAAACUAUCGGCCCGAGAGUCGGUAGAUAAGCCUAGUUUCCACGCACUCUGUCGAGGAUUCCAGUAGACAGGGACGUGGAACUUGGAGAAUAGUACUCAGUCUGAUCUGUGGAAUUAUACUACGGUGAAUGUUCAAGUGAGAAAGCCGCAAAUCUGCUCAAUGAGAGCAGCUUGAUAAGGUCAACCUACUGUUGUAAAUGAUCCUACAUGUAUCGCACUCUUAUGAGAAGUAUCUUGAGGAUAUCUAGUAAGCAAAUCUAUAAGUCAUCUGGGAGCGAAAAGAGGCUGCACAACUUCAAGCCUACCCCUACGCCUCAGUGUCGCCGUCUAUUCAGUAUGACGUCGGCGUUUUUUAAAGUCGGGGAUGAGUUCGAGAAGAUCCAGGCUGCUCGACCGGAUUUCAGGCGUGAUGCAGAGGUCACUUUCUCAAAGCCUCCUAAGCCAGACUGGAAGCAGGGUGAGGGCGCGAAUGAUGGCGGCGAGAGUUUAAAGAAGGGCCAUGUUGAAAUUGAUCCCCACGAGGAAGGGAGACCGGUCGCAUCGAACUACAAGAUCUUGAUCUCGGGGAUGGUUCCUAGGCCAAUAGCACUUAUCAGUACUAAAUCGAAGGAUGGCAAGUCUGCCAACUUAGCGCCUUUCAGUUAUUCACAGGUCAUCAACCAUGAUCCUCCCCUUUUUGUUGUCGGAUUUGUUAGGUCGCUAGAGAAAGCCAAAGACACGCUGAAGAACCUCGCCGAGACGGAAGAAUGCGUGAUAAACAUCAUUUCCGAACAUUUCGUGGAGGCAGCCAAUGCGACUGCGAUUAACGCUCCGUAUGGCGUUUCCGAAUGGGAGGUAUCUGGAUUACACCAAGCGCCUAGCUCGGUUGUCCAACCAGCACGCGUGCAAGAAUCAAUUUUAUCUAUCGAAGGCAAACUCGUUGAAACUAAGGAAUUUGAGAGCAGAAUGACACCCGGAAAGAAAACCGGAGUUUUGGCAAUCGUUGAGGGUGUCCGAUUUUGGGCAAGAGAGGACGCUAUCAAUGAGGACAGGAGCGUUAUCGAUUUGAAGGUCUUGAAGCCCAUCAGUCGACUGGGAGGGAUUCAAUACGGGCGAACCACGGAUGCGAUCGAGAUCCCUAGACCACAAUUUUAGAUAUGGCAGAGCUGUGCCCGACAGAUUUAUCAUGUAUUAUAAAUAGAAUCGUCAGUCACGAUAGACAGCCGAGAAGUUAAAAAAUUGGCAGAGAUUGUAUUUGCUGAAUUUAUCCUAGGGGUAUGUAACGAGUCGUUUCUAUAGCACUAGCCCAAUGUGAAAGACAUGUUACCUGUUUAGAAAUAGUAUGUAGAUAAUUUCGAGGGACUUUCUCGAGGCCAAGUCUGAUAAUCCACGAUAACUUUCCUCAGAUUUCAUCUAA